AUGCUCUACCAGAAUUCUGACCUCUACCCAGCCGAGGUUUGCUUCUGUGAACCCGGGCAGCAGGCAGGUGCAUGGGUACCUCAUGCCAACCAGCCCAAACUCCCAUCCCACCGACCUGACCCCCAAAUAAAAAAAACAAGCAGACCAAAAAUUUUGGGCCCAGGCAAGCUUUUGCAUAUUUUACAAAAACAGCAAGCGGGUCAAACGCAGCGACGCACGGCGUGGCUGCCCUUAGAGCAAGCCACUUUCGUGAUUUUUAUUCUGCAUUUCGAUUGUCAUGGCCCUUUUCAAGCAACUCAGCUGUGGAAUAGUAUUAUUCAUGCUCUUCACAGUCAGGUGGAAGUCAAAAGACGUAGACAACAUCUGAAAACUUACAAAAACUGUUUCACUGGCUCAAAUGCUGUUGAUGUGGUACUAAGCCAUCUUAUGCAAAGCAUGUACCUAAGCUGCAAUGAUAUUUCUCGGCGGAAGGGAGUCCGUGUAUGCCAAGCGUUGAUGGAUCAUAAGGUGUUUGAGCCAGUUGGAGCAAAGCUGUACUUAUUCAAGAAUGAGAAAGAAACAGAGUUUGAAGACACAAAUACUAGUCUCUAUAAAUUUGUAAACAGCAGUCUUACGCCUCUUCUUCUGAGAAAGAAUAAAAACAAUGAGGGCUUAACGAAGUGUGAAACAACACUUUCAAACCCCUUAGCUUUAGAAGCAGCCGAUAAAAAGAGGGUAGAGGAUCUUCUUCAAUCAAUAAACGUUCAUACAUCUUUACCUCCAAAGAUCAUGGUUAAUGAACCGACCCGCCUGCUGUCAAAAAGAGAUGUCUGGAAACAGCAAACGCUGCUACGACUACUGCAGUUAAUUGAUGUUCCACUUCUAGAAGACAUCUUGGUGUCUUCAGUGGAGAGAAAAACACGCUGUUUUGGCAAAGAAGAAGACCUGAUUAUUUCAAAUACUUUCCUGGACAGAGAGGUUACAUGUAACUUAAACUUGCCCGAGCUUGACGAAUGGCUCUAUGCUGCAAUUGAAUGCUUGGAGUAUUUCCCAGACCAAUUCGUAGUGAUGGUUAGUCAGCAGUUACCUCAAAGCACUAAUAAACCGAGCAGUCUGAAUACAUACAAGAAGAUUCUUUUUGACAUUAUAAUCAAGUAUUAUAGUCAAAAGAAGGACUCCCUUCUUGCCACUGAUGAUCUUGAUAUUCAUUCAGGAAUUACAGAACUUAUAGAAAAAGGAAAAACAGAUCAAGCUCUAGAGGCAUCACAACUUUAUUUAAAAUUAUUAGCACCAAAUAUCCGAGAAGAACUACAUAAACUCCUGACAUUCAUAGCGGUUGCAUCUGAAUCAGAGGGCUACAGAUUACAAAAACAAUUUGAUAACAGAUCGGUGAUAAUCAAGACUUGCACAAAGUUCAUCUUACAAAAUAAGACAUUGCCAAAACCUCAGGCAGAACUGCUGACUCAGUUUCUGAUGGACCAUCACUCCGAGCUCUUCAAGACUCCUUUAACUCUUCUGGAACUAACUAGUAGGAGACUCGAGAGUUUGCUAGAAGGACAAGAUCCAGAUAUCAAUUCAGGCUUCACCUUCUGUCAGCGCGUGACCGCUAAAGAAUAUGAAGAUCAAAAACAACAAACAAAUCAGUAUCUGCUCGCAUUGGUUCAAGAGAUGGACAAUAACCCCACUAUUCCUUUGAAGCAGAAGAAGAAAUUAAUUAAAGAGUUUCGAAAAUACCAUUCUCUCAUGAAUUGUAGUGGUUGUAAAGCUACUUGUGAAUUUUGUACUCUAAAUGGUUAG